AUUUUAAAGAGUCAAAUUUGAAGAUGAACUAUAUGUUUCAAAAUUUAAUUGUCAUUUUUUUCGUGUUUUCUCCUCUUUUAAACCGUUCAAUUAAGUGUAAAUAUCAUUAAUUAUUAAUAAUAAAAUAGAGUUAAAGGUAAAUUGAGCAAAUUGGCUAUUUCUGGCAAUUUAUUUAAGUGUGUAUCAAACUGGUAGCCCUUCGCAUUAAUCAGUACCCAAGAAGUAGCUCUUGGUUUCAAAAAGGUUGGUGACCCCUGGCGUAGACAUUAAAAAGGGUAAAAUAAAUAAAAUUUUGGGGUUUAAUAAUAGAUGAUAAAAUAAACUGAAAUUUUUCAUAUAAAAUAUCAUAUAAUAAAGUAUUGAGAAGCGCUUGAAUUCAUUUAAUAAUGUUACAAAAGCAGUCAGUUAGAAUAAUACAUAACGUUGGCUAUUGAGGACAUUCAAACCCUUUUUAUUUAUUGAAUCAUCCAUCCAUCCAUUUUUUACUGCUUGACCCUCUCAGGGUCUCGCCUAUCCCAGCUGCAUUUGAGCGGAAGACGGGUACACCCUGGACAAGUCGCCAUCUCAUCGCAGUUUAUUGAAGCAAAUUAUUCAAAUUCAAUGAGUUGGUGCAUUGCAAACAACUCAAAUUAUGCACAAAGCAAUCUAUAACCUGCUACCCAAGAAUGUACAACAAUUCUUCUUAGAGAAAAAUGUCAUUCAAAACAUUUGUAUGCACGUACAACACUUUUAAGACCUUUAGUAUAUCAGUAUGUGUAAUUGAAUUAUGGAAUGGAUUAAGCAAAGUGAAACAAUGUAAUAAUAUGACCCAGUUUAACAAAACUGUUCAAACUCAAAAUGUUCACAAAGAAGAAGAAUCCUGACAAACAUCUUGAGCCUCGUUGAAAAAUGUCAUUAUCUUAUUCAUCUCAUUAUGGGAAUUACCACUUAUUUAUCUAUUUCCUUAUAAUAACUUAUUUAUUGUUUAUUUAUGUAUUUAAUAUUUACUAACUUACUCGUUUGUCUAUAUAUUUAUUUAUCUACUCAUCUAUUCAUUUAUUCACUGUUGUGUUACAAGCUGAGUACAAACAAUUGUGUUAGAAAUUGCUACGAUAUGAAAAGGGUUAGGAUUAAAUAAGCUCUGCUUCUUCCUACUCCUUUUCGGACCUGCUGUAAUAAGACUCUAAAAACAUGUGAUGUGUCAUAUUGUAAUUGUAUGCUUGUUCGAAAUAAACUAACACAUAUGUUGUAACGAGUGCCCUGCUGUGCUCCUUGCAUCCAGGCAUCACCACGGUGUUGACAAUGUCCACCAUCAUCACCGGUGUGUCCGCCUCAAUGCCUCAGGUGUCUUACGUCAAAGCUGUGGACAUCUACUUGUGGGCUAGCUUCCUCUUUGUCUUUCUCUCUGUCAUCGAGUAUGCCGCCGUCAACUAUUUCACCACAGUGGAAGAGAUGAAGAAGCUCAAGAGGGCAAAGACCCCAGCGUCCUUCGACGCCACCCAGGCCAUGGCUUUCGACGGCUGUUUCCAUGACAACGACAUCGACCUGACCUCUUUCCCAGAGGUCUCCAGCACGGCAAACACAGACAGGAACACGCAGUCACGAAACUCCACCGUGUCGGGCCCCACGGAGGGCACCAGGCUACGCCGCAAGAAUCCUUUAAAACACAACCUCAGCUUCAUAAUGAGCAACAGUUAUAUGAUUGACUCCUACUCAAGAGUUUUAUUCCCCCUGGCUUACCUGCUCUUCAACAUCAUUUACUGGAGUUUGUAUGCAUAGCAACACUAUUUUUUUAAACCUAUUAUUAUACAUCAUAGUAAGAUGUUUUUCACAAAUGAUUGUAUUUCAAGCUACAUUGUGAACUGCGUAGUUAUUGUACAACACUGGAAAAUAAAUCUAUCCAG